AUGAAUGAUCCAUCCACUAAAAGUCCACGAAAAAUAAAUCCUAACCCAUUACAUACUUUAGUUGCAUCUCAUGUUGAAAGUAAUACCAGAAAUUAUCGUACAAAUUUUCGAAAAGAGGUUCCAAAAAAACUUAAUACAACCAAUCCUAAACCAUUAUUGGAAUGUAUACAACCAGAACCAUUAUUAACAUCAAAACCGUACGAAAAACCCAUACAUCAACGACGAAGAAAAAAUAAACCAUUCGAUUCAGAAAAUCUUGCUCGUAGUAAUGAUGAUCAAGUCAAUAAACCCGAGAUUUCACCACCAAAAACGGAAAUUGGUCGCUCAACAAUUGAUAUUAUCGAACCAACAACAGAACAUUUAUUAGCAUUAAAAAAUGCAUUUAAUAAAAUUCUAUCAGAACGUUGUUUAUCUGAUAAUAGUCUUAAACAACGACAAAUUGUCUUUACAAAAUUACGUCAAUUUAUUCUGAAUGCUAAUAAAGAUUGUCAAGUCAACUUAUAUGGUUCAAUAUAUUUUGAAUGUUGCCUGGAAAAACCAGGUGUUAUGGAUAUUGAUAUCCAAUUUAAAGAAACACCUUCACAUGACGCUCUUAAAGAACUACUCGAUAUAAUUAAAAAAAGUGAUUUAUGUAAAGAAGCUCAAAUUGAUACUGAACAUAAACCAUCAUUUAUUAAUUUAAUAGUAAAUGAACCGAAUAUGCGUGUUAAAAUAAGUUCAGGUUAUACUCGGGGUAUAUAUUUAUCAAAAUUACUUCGAAUUUAUACAAAAUUUGAUCCACGUGUUAUUAAAUUACUUCGAUUAUUUCGAAUAUUAUCUAAAACGUGCAAUACAGAUAAACCAGAAUUAGGAACACUUCAUCCUGUUGUUUUUCAUUUGAUGGUUAUUCAUUUUUUACAACAACUCGAUCAACCUGUUUUACCAUGUUUACAUGAAUAUGCUUAUGGAAUUGAUAAUGUUCCAAUAACAUUAAAUGAAAAUCAAUAUCCCGAAUUUUUUCAUGUCUGUCAAAAAUAUAUCUCAGAAUGGAAAUCAAAAAAUACAACAAGUGUUGAAAUACUCUUUUUACAAUUACUUUCAUAUUAUGUUAAAACAUUUAAUUUGAAACAAUUUGUUGUUUCAAUUCAAACACGAAUGCCUGUUAUGAAAUCUGAUAAAAAUUGGCAUAGUAGAAAAUUACUUGUUGAAGAUCCAACCGAUAUAAAACGUAGUUUAUGUCAAACAAUGCAAUCUAUGCGUUCAAUUGAUUAUUUUCGUGAUACAUUAAUUGCUACAUUAAAUUAUUUCGGUAGAAAACAAAAAAAAACUAAGAAAAUUACAACAAAUAAAUGUUCAAUAGAAAAUAAUGAUGAUGAUUUAAUUGAAGUCAUUGUUGAUGAUGACAUUCCAACACAUGAACCAUCAAAAUCUAUACAUAAUUCUUAUAAAUUAUUUUAUAAACGUUUACCACCAACGGUUGCACGUGAUUCUAAUAUAAGACAACCUCGUGUACGACAAUAUUAUAAACAAUCAUUUCAUGAUAAACAUAAUCCAUUACCAAAAGGAAUAAUUCAAUUAAAUUCUUCAAAAGAUAAAUUUGAUACUUCAGAUGUCAAUGAUAUUCAAGAAGCAUUGCAACAUGAUUUAGAAAAUAAUUUUGAAAUUAUGGAUGAAAAUGAUGAUGAUCAAAAUGAUAAUCAUUUUCAUUUAUUAGAAGGAGUUACAUCACAUACUGAUGAAGAAGAUGAACAAGAAUUAAAUGAGAAUUUUCAAGAUAUUGAUAUUGAACAAAAAGAUAUAGCAACUCGAGAAUUAUUUCCAAUAAGUAACGAAGAAGAACCAACAAUUGAAAAUGAAUCUUCAAUAAUAAAAAAUGAUAUUGAACAAGAAACUAUAUCUAAUGAUGAAAAAAAAGAUCUACAAACACUACCAUCAACAGAUGAACCAUCAGUAAAUGAAACGAAAUCAGAAGUAAAUACAAUCGAAAUCUCGUCUACAGUACCAAUAGAUAUUAAAACAAAUGGUACAACAUCCAAUGAUAAUAGUAAUCUUCCAUCACCAUUCGAUGGACUAUUUAAAAUUGAGCCAAUUGUCGAUAGUGAAGAAUCUACAAAUGAAAAAGAUCCUUCAACAGAAAAUUCGAUUGAAUAUUUUUAUGAUUUUCAACCUGAAAAUUUUCAUGCUGAACAGGGUGCUCCAUAUGUAUGUACAACAUGUAAUGGUGUUGGACAUUUGAAAAAUGAAUGUCCUGAAUUAGUUCUUCCAAAUGUGAUUGAUCUACCUGAAAUGAAUGAAAAAUGGAUUGAAAUUCUUUCAUUACUUAAUAAAAAAAUAACUAAUCAAUCAAAACCAUCAAAUAGUGAUAUAGAAAAUCGUCAGGAAAUUUUAAAUCAAUUAGAAAAACAAUUUAAAAAAGAUUAUCCUGAUUGUAAUUUACAUGCAUUUGGUUCAUUUUAUAAUGGAUUUGGUUUUCAUCAAAGUGAUUUAGAUGUUUGUAUUGUAUUUAAAGAUGAUCGAGAAAAAAAUAAUGAUGAAGUUAUUCGAAUAAUGCAAAGAAUUUUACGAGCAAUGAAAUCUUCAAAUACAUUUGAAAAUGUUCAACCUGUACUUCAUGCUAAAGUACCAAUUAUUCGAUCAAGACAUCGACAAUUACAUAUUGAAAUUGAUAUAAGUUUGCACAAUAUGCUUGCUAUUGAAAACACACGAUUAUUAAAAACAUAUACAGAUAUCGAUCCACGAGUAUCGGAAUUGGGUUAUAUGAUUAAACAUUUAGCAAAAUUUUGUGGUAUUGGCGAUGCAAGUCGAGGUACAUUAUCUAGUUAUGCAUAUAUUAUUAUGCUUAUUCAUUUUUUACAACAAAUUCAACCACCUGUUCUACCCGUUCUUCAACAGUUAAGUGAUGAUACAACAAAUAAAUCAUCAAUGUAUAAAAAAUGUUCAAAAUGGAAUGUUUAUUUUUAUGAAGAUCUAUUGAAAAUUAAAGAAAUUAUGAAAAAUAAUAAUAAACUAUCAUCCGGUGCAUUAUGGAUAGAAUUUCUACGUUUUUAUACUGAACAAUUUAAUUAUGAAGAACAUAUAGUAACAAUUCGGCAAAUAGAACCAUUAUUAAAACAUGAAAAAGGAUGGUUUAGACAAACAAUAGCUAUUGAAGAUCCAUUUGAAUUAUCUCAUAAUUUAGCUGGUGGUUUAUCUCCACGAAAUUGGACAAUUAUUCGUCGAGUUUUUAUUCGUGCUCGACAACAAUUUGGUAUACAACUUGAAAAUAUCGAUAUUUCAAAACCAGAUAUGUCAGCUAUUGAAAAUACAUUAUUUAAUAUUGAUGAAUUAUGUCCAACAAAUGCACCUAAACGAUGUGAAUGGUGUAAAGGUCCUUAUCAUAUAAGAAAACGUUGUCCAAAAUUAGCAGCAUUAGCAAAUGAAAACGAAAAGAAAAGACGAACAGUUAAUCAUACAGAACAACAGUCAACAACAUUUGUAUCAAAUAAUUAUCGAGAUAAUUCAUAUUAUUAUUCUAAUAAACAUCAAAAUCAAUAUUCGAAUAAUAGUAAUGGAUAUAAUUAUCCAAAAUCUGCUUCAGUUAAUCAACGUUCAUUUCGAUAUGAUCAAAAGGAUUCUUCUAAUUCAACAUAUUAUUCAAAUGAAUAUCGAUCAAAUAAUUCUCAUCGUUCAUAUCAACAAAAUUCGAAUAAUAACAGGGCAUGUUUUAAUUGUGGAAAUUUUGAUCAUAUAAAAGUACAUUGUCCAUUGUUAUCGAAUAAUAAUUCUAUUCAACGACAAAAGUCUCAUAGUUAA